UGUUUCUUGUUCUCCUCUCAGCUCCUGUGCACGGUGGUGGCUGACAUCUCAGCCCGAGCUUUGACCACAUCCACCGCAGACGACCAGCCCCUCCUCUCUCCACGCCACUAUCAGCACACAGACCGGGACUCUGGCACCCAGCUGGUCUGUGACAAGUGCCCAGCAGGCACCUACGUCUCCGUCCACUGCUCUCCGACAACAGUGAGGGAGUGCAGCCCCUGCCCCAGUGGCACCUUCACACGGGGCGAGAACGGCGUCCAGCAAUGCCACCGCUGUCGGGCUCCGUGUCCCGCAGGCUUCAUCGAGAAGGCGCCGUGCAUGGCCACCCAGGACCGAGUCUGCACCUGUCCGCCCAACACAUUCCUGUUGAAGAGCGGUGGUCUGGAGUGCAAGCCCCACUCCCUGUGCCCACCCGGGACCCGGGUGAAAAGGCGCGGCAACGAAAAGGAAGACGUUCUCUGCAAGCCGUGCACGAAGGGCACGUUUUCUCAGGUGGAAUCCAGCGCCAUGAGUUGCAGAAAUCACACAGACUGCAAAGCUCUGGCAAGGCUGCUGUUGACACCAGGGACAAGACAAACGGAUAACGUGUGUGGACCCCCUUCUGCCACUUUGUCAUCUGUCCCCCCGACCACUCCACUGGGGCCUGCACAGGCUGUGUUUGUUCAGGAGACGAUGAUGUCAUCGGUCUCCCCAUCAUUGAAUGGGCAUGAACGUAAAGAUCCCUUGAGCCAGUCAGCAGCCAUUCAACUGAGGAAAACUGUAGGCGGGGAAGACGGAGGAGUGGAGUUAAUGCUUACCCAUUCUGGCGUCCCCACCCCACCAAAUCAGGAAGCGUCAUGGACUCCCUUGUCAGUGGCUCGAAAGCAAGCCAUGGAUCUCAAGCAAGAAUUGGGCAAGUCUGAUGCUGAUCCUGAGCCUGGGGCAAAUAAACCAAGAAUGGAGGGUCCAGUAGGCCCAGAAGUAGUUAGGGUUGGAACAAGCAUCAGUAACGUGGUUAACUCGGGGAAUGCGGGUGAAGCCUCCAACUACUACAGGCCCAACCGCAGAGGGUCACCAAGGCCGACCAUGCACGAUCAUUUUGACAUCAACGAGCACCUGCCCUGGAUGAUAGUUCUGUUGCUCCUGCUGGUGCUGGUCGUGAUCGUGGUGUGCAGCGUCAAGAGGAGCUCUCGGGUGCUGAAGAAGGGCCCCAUGCAGGACCCAAGCAGCAUCAUGGAGAAGGCAAUUCACAAGAAGACAUCUGGGACUCCAACACAGGUCAGAGAGAAGUGGAUCUACUACUACUCCAAUGGCCAAGGCGUGGACAUCCUGAAGUUGGUGGCGGCCCAGGUGGGCAACCAGUGGGUGGACAUCUAUCAGUCUCUGGCCAACGCCACCGAACGUGAGGUGGCCGCCUUCUCAAAUGGCUACUCCUCCGAUCACGAGCGAGCGUACGCCGCGCUGCAGCACUGGACCAUCCGAGACAGCGGGGCCAACCUGGCCAAGCUGAUCAACGCCCUGCACCGGCUGCGCCGCAUCGACGUGGUGGAGAAGAUCCGCUGUGUCAUGGAGGACAACCCGCAGGUAUGCUUCUGUGCGCAUUCCACCUCCACCCUGACUCGAAACGCUCCAAACCAGUUUGUUCUGGAUGUCGGAAGAAAAAAAACAAAAAACAAUAUGUGUGACCUUUGCUCGUAUCAGGUUUUUUCCAUUAAGGGCUCUAUCAACAUCAGGCGCACAUGUUCUGGUACACACUGUUCUCCGCAU